GAUAGAUUGUCAAAUUAUUUCUUUUUGACAUCAUUCAGCAUUUACAAAUCGAAAUCACUUUUUUCUGUGUUAUCAUUUUAAUUAUUUAAGAUUAUUAAGUUAUGAAUAGUAAAGAAAAAUCUAUAAAAUGGCUUUGAAAAAGGUUAAAGGUAACUUCGAAAGAAUGUUUGAUAAAAAUCUUACGGAUCUUGUUCGCGGGAUACGAAAUAACAAAGAUAAUGAGGCGAAGUAUAUAGCCCAAUGCAUGGAGGAAAUAAAAGUAGAGUUGCGACAAGAUAAUAUCGGAGUGAAAGCUAAUGCGGUCGCAAAACUAACAUAUCUACAAAUGUUAGGAUAUGAUAUAUCCUGGGCCAUAUUUAAUAUUAUAGAAGUGAUGAGUUCCAAUAAAUUCACCUACAAACGAAUUGGAUACUUAGCCGCUAGUCAAUCAUUUCAUGCAGAUUCCGAAUUGCUAAUGCUUACGACUAAUAUGAUAAGAAAAGAUUUGAAUGCUCAAAACCAGUAUGAAGCAGGGCUGGCACUCAGUGGACUUAGCUGUUUCAUAUCUCAUGACUUAGCCAGAGACUUAGCCAAUGAUAUUAUGACACUGAUGAGCUCAACUAAACCAUAUCUUAGAAUGAAAGCUGUUUUAAUGAUGUACAAGGUAUUUUUAAGAUAUCCUGAAGCACUCCGCCCAGCUUUUCCCAAACUUAAAGAAAAGCUCGAGGAUCCAGACCCUGGUGUGCAAUCGGCAGCAGUGAACGUUGUAUGUGAGUUAGCCAGGAAAAAUCCAAAGAAUUACCUUUCACUGGCCCCAGUGUUUUUUAAAUUAAUGACUACAUCAACUAACAAUUGGAUGUUAAUCAAGAUCAUCAAACUGUUUGGUGCCUUAACCCCAUUAGAGCCCCGACUUGGCAAGAAACUGAUAGAACCGUUAACUAAUUUAAUACAUAGCACAUCGGCAAUGUCGCUGCUGUACGAGUGCAUCAACACUGUGAUCGCGGUGCUGAUCAGCAUCAGCAGCGGCAUGCCCGGCCACGCGGCCUCCGUGCAACUGUGCGUGCAGAAGUUGAGAAUACUCAUCGAAGAUAGCGACCAAAACCUGAAGUACCUGGGCCUGUUGGCGAUGUCUCGCAUCCUGAAGUCGCACCCCAAGUCGGUGCAGGCUCACAAGGACUUGGUGCUGGCGUGUCUGGACGACAAGGACGAGUCCAUCCGACUGAGGGCGUUGGGCCUCUUGUAUGGAAUGGUGUCAAAGAAGAACCUGAUGGAGAUAGUGAAGAAGCUGAUGGUGCACAUGGAGCGCGCGGAGGGCACGCUGUACCGCGACGAGCUGCUCACGCGCAUGAUCGAGAUCUGCGCGCAGAACAACUACCAGCACGUGGUCGACUUCGAGUGGUACAUCACCGUGCUGGCCGAGCUCACCGAGAUGGAGACCAGCGCCAAGCAUGGCUGCAUGAUAGCGGCGCAGCUGACGGAGGUGGGCGCGCGCGUGGCGGAGACGCGAGCGUUCGCCGCCCGCGAGUGUGCGGCGCUGUGCGCGCGCGGCGCCGCCGAGCCGCCGCGUGCCGCCAGCCGCGAGGUGCUGUACGCGGCCGCGUACGUGCUCAGCGAGUACUGCACUGAGGAGAACGUGAUGCGCGAGUCGAUAUCGCCGCUGACGCUGUGCGCGGGCGCGGGCGCGGGCGGGGCGCACAUGCGCGCGCGCGCCGUGUGCGUGCACGCCGCGCUCAAACUGGCCGCCAAACUGCUGCUGCUCUACGAGCGGCGCCAAGACCGCCCCGCUGCACUCGCCGUGCUGCGUGAGACGCUAGCGGGCUUGCGACCGCUGCUGUGCAGCGAGGACAUGGAGGUGCAGGAGCGGGCUCACAACGGCACCGCGCUGCUGUCGCUCGUGCUGCGGCGACUCGACCCCGCCGACCCCGCGCUCGCCGACUGCGCGCCCGAGCGGGGCGACGUCACCGACACGCUUGUGCAACAUGAACAAAGCAAUGGGUUCGAUAAAGACGGCACAGAUGAAAUAAACGGCGACGAAGCGAGCCACAGCUUCAGCGGUGGACUGAUAGAGGAGCUCGCCAGCAUGUUCGACGGAGAACUGAAACCAGUGGCGCCGAAAGCGCAGAAGAAAGUGCCUAUGCCGCCUGACCUUGACUUGACCCGCUGGCUGUCGCACGACGCCGGUUCGUCUGACAGCUCGAGCUCGGAGGGCGAGGACGAGACCGGAGCCCUGUUCACGGCGCCGCAGCCCGACCACGUGCCCAUACAGCAGUUCACGCCCGACGAAUUGGCUAUGUUGCGCGAGGCGCGGCGGCAGGAGCAGGCGAACAACCCGCACUAUCUGAAGGACGACUCGCCGCGCUCCUACCAGCAGGACGACGUGCAGGUCGCCGAGAUCGCGCUCGAGGUGCCACUGAUAGUGCAAACCAAGAGAUCUGAUAAGUACUUAAGUAUAAGAGAAAAUUCAAAGAAGACAAAGAAAGAGAAACGGCCGACGAAGAAACGGAAGAACAAAGUUGAAAGACAUUCCACCGAUUCUGAAAGUGAUGAGGGCGCAGCGGGCGCGCGGCCGUCGGUGGCGGAGGGCGGCGAGCUGCCCGACGGCGCCGCGCUGUCGGACGACGAGCCGCCGCCGCGCGACGACCCGCACCGCGCGCUCGACCUCGACCUCGACGUGCCAUUACGUGAAGAAGAGUUGCUGACAUCGAGAGUGCAGCAAUAUCCUUUGCCGGAAACCGGUUUAUUAAUUAAGAAUAAGAAAAAAGAAUCUUCAAAGAAGAAUAAGUCCACAGAAAAGAGGCCCUCCGAAAAGAGCGGCCACAAGAAGAAAGUGAAAAGCACCAAACGCAGUAAAGCUGUAGACUUAAUGUUGCCGGAAUUGCUAGAUAAUGAUUUAGGUGAUAAUUUGCUAAUAGAAACGGAGGAUAAGAAUCAAUCGAGUACUGCUACGGGUGAUGGUGAAAGACUACCGGAGAAAAUUAAGACUGAAAAACACAAGAAGUCGAAGAAAGAUACUAAGGACAAGGACUCUAAGAAAAAGAAAACUUCGAAAAAAGAUAAACAUGAAACGAAACUGGGGUACGAAGAGGCAUUAGGUAUAUCCACGCCCAGCAAAGAAGUUGUAUAGUGUAGGCACAAUAACGAAGUUUCCCCCACUCACGGAACCCGUCACACGCUCUCAGUGCAAUUGUUUGUUUGAACAAUUACUUAUAAUAGUUAGUCAUAUAACAGGGUGAGCUUUUGAGACUUUUGAGAACCAUAGCUGAUUUUAUAAUGAAAUAUAAAACGCAUGCCUUACACGACUAUCGUUGGAGUUUGCCCGAGUGGGUGUGUUUUUUCAGAUAGCAUGGGUACGGUGACAGACGCCUGUAUGUAUUCAUAAUACGUACUAUUAUCGUGAAUCGCGGCAAACGAGUGAAACGAACUGUCACCCGCACCAUCCUACAUGGAACGAACUGUAGAUUCGAACCCAUACAAGGCCCUUAGUCAUGAGCUUGUUCAUGCAACGCAGAUUGAUCCAAACUGGGUAAUAAUAAUAUAAGUUACAAGCAUGUCUUUUAUAUUUAAUUAUUAUAGGUUUUAUAACCUUAAUUUCUAAUUUAUAACCAGAAAUCUCACUCAAAAUAUCACCAUGUGAAAAAAAUAUAUUACAGGCGAUGUUUUCAUUAAGUGAAACAUGUCCAUUUAUAUAUGUAUAUGAAUAUAAACGUAUAUUUCUAUUGUAGAUUAAUAAAUAUGUAUAAUCAUGUACAGUUUUAUUGAAAGUUUUAAUUAAGAAUUAUUAAAAUAAAACGCUAUUCAUCUACACAAUUCAUAUAUU